AUGUUUUUGCCGGUGUCUACAUUGGCGGCAAUUUGUGUGCUUUUUGAUAUUUCUUACGCGACUCGGUCUGAAAAUGAUUUGGAACUGAUUUUUCGCCAAAGAACCCAUUCCGACUGGCAAAAUGCUUGGCAUAAAGAGAAAUAUACCAGAUGCCGAGAAACGCUGAUUAAACAUCUUUAUUGGGCUUGUGAAAAGGACAUCUAUCGGCUCACAAGACGAACGGAUCCCAACCUAAAUAACUAUUACGAAAUGGAUGAUGCGCAGUUUCCGUGGCUGCCAAGGAAUAAGGCCAAAAGAUUGCUUCGUUUUAAAAGAGGAAUUAAUCGUCGAUCUUCUUCCAUUACCAAUGAAUGUUGCAAAUCCUCGGGAUGCACUUGGGAAGAAUAUGCUGAAUACUGUCCCACCAACAAGAGAUACACCACAUUUGUCUGAACUUAUAAUGUUCCUCACGCAUAUUAAUAGCUAGCAUACUAUAAUAUGUAAAUGUAUAAAAAUUGAACAUCUGCGAAUAUACAAAAAAAAAAUUCCCAAACACCUAUACUUAUCUAGUAUCAUAAACUUCCAGUGUCUUAUACAACCCUACGUACACUUCAUAUUAUUUGAUACCAAAAUAUAUUCAAAUUGUAUUGUUGUUUAAAAAUCAAAAGUAUCAGCGAUUGCUUUUCCAUAAGCAGUGAGCAAAUUUGGCCAUAUCGCAAACAUUUUAUCACAAUAAUAAUUGUCAAAACCACUUCAAUACCUUAAGGCUUGUAUAACCCAUAUAAUAAA